UCUCACAGGCCCCGUUAUACGCUUCUGCUGCUGCUGCUGCUGCUUUGUGUGCCACAGACGCCGGGACUCGAAUGCGCGCGCUCUGGGAAUGCGAGACUUGUUUCCCUGCUGCGGCUCCAGAUACCACAUCGUGCGCAAGCAUAACGUCUACGAUCUGAAGAUGAAGAAGAAAACGGUGGGGAAGACGCGUCACGUCGUGGCCUGGAUGAACAAAGCGGAGUACGAACAUGUGCUGGAGUAUUUGUUCUCCAAAGAGCCCGCGCUGCAGAAACACGCGCUGCACAGGAUCUCUGCGUGGAAGGGCAGGUUCGGACAAAGUACUCCGGUAGCUGUGGACAGUACAGCGGACCUGGUGCGUUGUCAGGUGCUGGACAGCACAGGUCAGCUGGAGGCCAACGAUCUAGUGCUUCUCUAUGGCAUGGCGCUGGUUCGGUUUGUUAAUCUCAUCACAGAACGGCAACAGAAAAGAGUUGCCAGACCCUUACGACGGUUAGCUGGGAAAAUAAAUAUUCCAGAGUGGGUGGUAAACCUCAGGCAUGAUCUGACACACCGCAGACUCCCGUCACUAAAGUGGUGUCGAAAAGGUUGUGGAUUUGUGCUGGACUGGUUGCAUCAAGAGUAUUGGUCUCGCCAAAUGGGCAGUCAGUUGACAGAGGACUGGAACUCAUCAUCAGAAGAAGAAGAGGAGGAUGAAGAGGAGUUUGUUAAAAGGCAUGAGGAAGAGCAAGUCCGCAGACAGAAAGAGAUUGAGGCACACAAGAAAGUCAGAGAACUGCUCAUCUCUUAUGAACGAGAACAGUUUCAGACGUUCGAAGAGCUGGCAAAGCAGGGAGGGCAGCGUGGCGAGUGGCCAGAUGCCAGCGCUGAUCUCAGCUGGAUCCUGACACAGAUCAAACACUACGACACAGAGGCCAGAGACAUCCUCAUUGAUGUUUUAAUGCAAGAUGGAUUCCUUAUUCCCACUGCAGAGCAACUAGAGUCUUUGGAUAUUGACCCCUCGGAGGACUCUGUCGACAUGUUCUCUCCAUGUCUUCCUCGAGUGUUUUUGCACUUUUGGUUGCCGUGUUUGAAGAUCUUGAAUUCAUCCGUCUUUAUGAAUCUGAUCCUUGAUAAACUCUUUGCUGAACUCUCGAAUGAGCCAUCCAGUCACAGAACUUACUACAUCGCCUCAUGGAUCUCCGAAAUUUUACUCUGCAACAGCAAAAGUGAAUUGAAGGCUCACAAGCGACUAAAAAUAUCCAAGGAAAGGAUCUUCAUGAACAGAUUACAGUUUCCAUGGCAGAAUCUGAUUUCUGCAUGUGUGAACGCGCCGUGCCCAGCUACACCGUUCCUUCUCCGACAGAUUUUGAGUGACAUGGAUAAGCCCCUCCCACAAGACGCCCAGCAGAACCUGCUCCAGCUCUGCAGCAUUUACACACAGGGUUAUCAUGGAAACUCAUCCCCUGGACCCUCAGACCCCGCUCAGCCUGUGUACACCCUACAGAACCUUCAGGAGAGACUCAAGAGUAACACCUCACAGAACAGAGACGCACAAUCAUCUAACCACACCCCCAGAACAGCACAGGCUCCGCCCACAGAGGACCUCCAGGAAAAGCUAAGCGCAGAAACCGUACAGGAGAGAAACUUCGCAUUACGAGGGUCUGCGUGGAGCGUCUGCACAGAUCGAGUCCCCUGGAAACAGUACCCGCUAGGAAAAGUUCCAGGACAACCAGAGGACCCCUCCUGUUUAAUGGUGGAGUGUUAUUCUACAUUUACUGUAUUUGACCAGCAGGUGGAGCUAGAUCAACUCCCUCAGCACCAUGGCAACAAAAGUGUUCCUCUUCAGAGCAGAGCUGGUGGAUCAGAUGGGCCGCUUUGGACUCAUAGUGAUUUGAGCAAACUCAAAGCUGGACUCAAACUGUUCUAACACACACUCAGAUACUCAGCGGCCUUGAGAUAUUAAACCGCCGACCCUGAACUAUGAACCCUAUGAUGUUAAACGCUAAGCUGGACUGAGGCUCUUCUAGACACACACACACACACACACACAUCCAGCCUCUCUACUUUUGUCUUUGACAGGACCAUGCACAGUUGGAAAUUUUAAACUGUUUUUCUUUUAGAAUUCAUGUUCAUCUUUGUAAGAAGUAAUAUCGGUUGUCAGUCUCACUCUAAUGUUAUUAAAAUUACAGUCCAGUUACUGGCUGCAGUUUGAUCAGCUCAGUUCGGUCCUACAGCUUUUGGCGUCUGUUCAAACCAUCCGGAACUGAAAUUCCCAUGAGUAAUGUCUCACGAGGUUCUAAUGAAGAAGUUGGUGCUGUUUGAGAAAUGUUGUAAAUUACAUGACAUUAUUUUUGAACAUAAAGUUGCCAAAUAAACUUCAUUUUGUAUUGUG